AUGUCGCAUCAAAUGGCGCCAUGGGUACCCAUGUUUAUUCAAUCUUGUAAAAAUAACACCGAACCAUUUGUAUUAUUUCAAUUUGCUACUGUUGAUAAAUUAACCAACAAACCACGUUGUAGAACGGUAGUGUUUAGAGAUUUUUUAUUUCAUGAGAAGAAAACUAACGUGUUGACUUUCAACACUGAUAUGAGGAGUUCUAAAAUAACCGAAUCGUACGUUGCACCAAACUCAACCAACUCUAGCGGCAGUAAAAAGUGUGAGACUCCAUUUUUUGAAGCAUGUGUCUAUUUCCCAGAAACCUGGGAGCAAUAUCGGUUUAGCGGUCAAAGCUUUACACUAUCUAGACAGUUCAAGGAAAUACCAGAUGACAUUGUAACUAGGUAUGAUAUUUUUUCGCCGAGGUUUUCACAAGCAAGUGACGAUAGCACUGAUGAUGACGUAAAGGCUUCAAUUAACGACGACAAAGAUAGACAUAAUGACGCCGACAAUAAUGACAUGAACGACGAGAACAAACUUAUAGAAACAAUAGACAACGAUGAACAUCAUGAGGAUGAGGAUAAUUACUACCCCCAAUCACAAGAAUGGGAGGCAGAACUACUAAGACAAUGGACCUCUCUAUCCAGACAUACCAAAUCAUUAUAUAGAAAGCCAGCACCAGGCCAGAAGCUCACUUCUGAAACUAGCAAACAAUUAGACAAGCUCCAUAGAGGUGUCGAUGGCGCUAAAGAGGAUGCCGGCCUGGAGAACUUUGGUAUCGUUUGCCUCUGCGUUGACUCUGUUGAUUAUUUGAAUUUGAAAGAGGGAAGAGGUGGUGAAAGAUGGUUAUUCCAAAAAACUGACAGUAAAGACGAAGAAGACCUAUGGGAGGAACAAGAAGUGUGUCCGUGA